AUGUGUUCUGAGGGUUGGGCUGUUGUAGUGCUCCCUCAUGAUUCUGGAAGUUACAGUCAUUCUGGGGGCCAGCAGAGCUAUUCAUCCUAUGGCAAUCAGGGCAGUCAGAAUUAUGGACAAGGACAGGGGUAUUCCAGUUAUGGGCAGAGUGGAGACAAUUCUUCCUACGGACAGAACUAUGGAAGCUAUCAUGGGAACUAUGGACAGAAUCAAACAGGUUAUGGACAAGAUUCCCAGGGGUAUGAUGAUGAAUCCAGUUAUGAAAACCAGAGUCAGAGCUCAUACAACCAGCAGUCCUACAGCAGCCAGGGGCAGCAGAAGGGGUCCUCCAGAGGUGGAAGAGGCUCUUAUGAACAAAAGUCAAACUAUGGUCAGCACCAAAGCUCUUAUGACCAGCAGUCAAACUAUGGACAAAACCAAGACUCUUAUGACCAGCAGUCAAGCUCCUAUGACCAGCAGUCGGGCUAUGGCCACCAGGGCUCCUAUGACCAGCAGUCGGGCUAUGGCCACCAGGGCUCCUAUGACCAAAAGUCAGGCUACAACCAGCACCAAAGCUCAUAUGGCCAUUCUCAGCAGUCCUACCAGUCUCAGAAGGGAAGCUAUAGUCACAACAGCCAAGAUGAUCGUCGUGAAAAGAGUAGGUAUGGAGAAGAUAAUAGAGGAUAUGGCGGGUCACAGGGAGGAGGUAGAGGGGGAUAUGACAUGGAUGGAAGAGGUCAUAUGUCUGGAUAUAGUGGUGGUGACCGUGGUGGCUUCAAAAAUUAUGGUGGUCAGAGGGAUUAUGGACCAAGAUCAGAUGCUGAUUCAGAGUCUGACAACUCUGAUAACAACACUAUCUUCGUGCAAGGACUUGGAGAAGAUGUUUCAACAGAUCAAGUGGCAGAUUAUUUCAAACAAAUUGGUAUUAUAAAGACCAACAAAAAGACUGGCAAACCCAUGAUAAAUCUGUAUACAGAUAAGGAUACUGGCAAACCAAAGGGAGAAGCCACAGUGUCUUUUGAUGACCCCCCUUCUGCCAAAGCAGCCAUUGACUGGUUUGAUGGGAAGGAGUUCAAUGGCAAUGUUAUCAAGGUUACUUUUGCAACCAGAAGGCCUGAAUUCAUGAGAGGAGGUGGAGGUGGUGGACGUCGAGGGUCACGAGGUGGAUAUGGAAGAGGUGGGGGCUUCCAGGGCAGAAGUGGGGAACCCAAAAAUGGUGAUUGGGUUUGUCCUAACCCGUCCUGUGGUAACAUGAACUUCGCUCGCCGGAAUUCCUGCAACCAGUGUGGUGAGCCCAGACCAGAAGAUUCACGUCCAUCAGGAGGUGUGUAAGAACAACUAGAUUUCCGUGGGAGAGGUGGCUAUGGAGGAGAGAGAGGGUAUCGAGGCCGUGGUGGCAGAGGUGGCGACCGGGGAGGUGGCUAUGGUGGUAAAAUGGGAGGAAGAAAUGAUUUCAGAAAUGAUCAGCGCAACAGACCGUACUGA